CCCCCUCCCAACUCCAGAAUAUUUCCGUCGCCUACCUGGAAAACAAUUCCCCUCUUAUCAUUCUCUUUCCUCAAUUGCAACUGCAGAGCAAUCUCCAAUUUCGCUCGAUUUUGUUUUCUACUACUUUCAAUCACAUAACCUCAUCGAUUUGAUUGCGUAAUUAGGGUUUCAUUCAAAAAUCGCAAACCCUAAUUUUUCACUUGAUCGAUUCGAUUGUUGAAAUCAUGUCAUACCGAGGUGGUGCUGCCCCCUUCAGAUCGAGCGAUGGUUUGAGUACACGACAGGUGGGCAAUUCAGAUGAGAUUCAAUUGCGUAUUGAUCCAAUGCAUGGUGAUCUUGAUGAUGAAAUUCUUGGUCUUUCUUCUCAAGUUCGCAGGCUCAAAAAUGUAGCACAAGAGAUUAACUCAGAGGCGAAAAUUCAGAGUGACUUUGUAGAUCAGCUGCAAAUGACCCUUAUCCGAGCUCAAGCUAGUCUGAAGAACAACAUGAGGAGAAUAAACAGCAGCGUUGUGCGAAACGGCGGAAGCCAUGUAACGCAUGUUGUUCUUUUUGCACUAUUUUGUCUCUUCUUGGUUUACUUCUGGUCAAAAUUUUCCCGUCGUUAAGCAACCAUGGUGUCUUGUUGACUUGACUGCUUGGUGAAAGCUUCAGUUGUACAUCCUCCCCAUCGAAGAAAAUGAAGUUGAUUCCAGUUAUUAUCUUUAAAAAUAUGAAGUAUUCUAUUUGUCAGAUCUUUCUGAUUAAAUCUUAAGAAAUGUUUAUUAGGGAUAUAAACACUGUUAAGAAGCAAUUAUAUUGAAAUGAAACCAACUGUCUUAAAUUCAAUGA